AGUGUUAAUAAUCACUUAUUAUGUUGCGGCAUUUACUUCACAUUUUGGGAACCGAAUUUUGUGAAGAGCUGAAUAUGAGCUUGUGUCCGUGUGUAUGUUGCUCACUGACUGCCGCUAUGAUUUACAAUUCUUUAAGAUGAACUUAAAUCAGACAUGCUAGAGCUGCAGUUGCCAACUUGACCUAAACACAACCUCCUGCUUGUAGCGGUGUCCAAAGUUUCCUUCAAACCUACUGUCUGGGAUAAAAUCUGGUUAGAAAAAAUAUUUAGAAUUUUGAGCACAACACAUAUAGUAGAAUUACUACUUUUGAAAGCUGUUGUUAAUUUGACAUGAAUCAACAAGCUGGUCCUUCAUUUAUCAAAAACAUAAAGUGUUAUAUUUGUAUUACAUUUUAGACAUAAAGCUAGGCCACCAUUUGACUUGUCAGUUAAUGGUGUGCUCCUGGAACAGGUAGAAGUUAAACUCCUUGGUGUACUGUCAGACGGCCGACUGAGGUAGUCAAAGCACAUUGAGUAAGCUGUUGUACCUAUGGUGAGUGCUGUUAACAGGAGAUGCACUAAAUUCCUACCACAACAUUUCGUCUCUUGAGUUACACAAAUAUUAGUUCACACUUGGUCCCUGAGUCUUUCUAAAUAAAAUCGAUUAUUUGUUGCAUAAAACUACUUUACAAUCAUAAAUGAAGAAGCACUCAGUCAUUUAAAUUUUGUUACAUUUUCAAUGAUUAGUCACUCACUGUAUCGACCUAUCAUAUAGAAAAUUGGUCAUAUACUGUAUUUCAUUGAUUGGAUAGAUGUUAUAUGGACAGUUGCUAUGUUUUUGGUCUCUGAUUGGCAUUCUUUUUUUUUCUCUUGUCUGCAUAUAUAUUUCUGGUUAAUGUCAUGUUUGUCACAAACUGUCUGAUUGGCAUUCUAUUAACUCAUACAUCCUUACAUAACUGAAAAUUAUAUGAAAUGAAUGAUGAAAAAAAAAGGUUAUGUCGGUGCUUUCGUGACAACAAAAAGUAUCUGUAUGUAGAAGAAAUGUAUUAUGCUGUAUCUACUCUUGCUUUGCUGUUUGCACAGAGUGUGUGUUAUUUGCUGAAGGUUUAACUCUUUAUUCAUACUUGUAUUAUCCAUAAGAUCUACACAACUUGUAGUGAAGACGGUUGGUAACUUUUCUGUAGUGUAAUAAUAAAAAUAGAGAACAAUGCCUUGAAACAUCAUUUUCUCACGAAUGAUUACAAAGUAGUCAAGCAGCUUAAAACUAGAUCGACUUCUUGCUUCACACUGCCAUGAAAUGUCACACUUCAGAAGAGGUUGCUUUAACCAGCAAUCUAAAAACAACAUAUUUUCAAUAUUUCCCGUUCCUGGCUGAACAAGUAAGGGGGGUAUUUUGAAAAGUUAAUUGAACCUGUAAAUUCACAAGAAAAUUCAAGUAGGAGGAGACUUUUCUUGUUGUGACAAGGACACUAUUUCAACCUAUGCUACAGGAUAAUACUCUGUCAGUACUCUAAGACAGUCCACUCAACUCUAUUGGUUUCAUUAACAGCUCUGAAAUUACUGCAGAUAAAAUGGAAGUGAAGACGGCACCUAAAAAACGAGUUUACAUCAGCAUGCCAAAUAAGUACUUUGCUGCUCUCGCUGAAAAAUAUGAACUGGACCAUGGAUUGGUUAUUAAAGACCUGAAUCCCUAUGUUAAUGAAGGAUAUGUAAGAGCUUACUUUAGAGACUGGGGUACUGUCACAGCUUGUAAGGUGAAGAAGAAUCCAAACUCAGGGGAGCCAAAGGCUGUGGCGUAUGUAAGGUUUUCCACAGAGGAUGAAGCAGACAGAGCAGAGUGGGCUGGUCCUCACUACAUAGGAGGGGAUGUGGAAGUGAAACGUGUUGUUAGCCCAAAGAUGGAAGAGGAUGCACAAGAGGAGAUUGCUGCAGUCACCACCAGCAAGCCUCGCCCUCGGCGUUCAAUGGGCAUAGGAUACAUACUGGAGGAUGCUCAGUGGUUAGAUGAUGAAGGUGAAGAAUAAAAAUAUACGGUGCUACAGUUAAUUUAUUUUACAAAAUAUGCAUAUGACCAUCAAAGACGACAGCUUGGCCAUAAUUCUCCUGUCAGCCUCCUGUUAUCCGUCCUUGGUAGAAGUUUUGUAUGGAAAUGUGUUUACUCUAAAUGGGAUUUGUUUCAUUAAAAUAAAUAUUUUUUGGCUAGCAAAUUGUAUGCUGUUGCU